AUGAACUACAUCUACUCGACCGUCAACACCCUCCGGGACCGCUACACGCCCGUCUCGCACACCUCAACCUUCCGCCAGACCGGGCAGAUCACGCCCGAGGAGUUCGUCGCCGCCGGCGACUACCUGGUGUACAAGUUCCCGACCUGGUCCUGGGGCGACGCCGACUCGCCCGAGCGCCGCGUCAGCUACCUGCCCGCCGGCAAGCAGUUCCUCGUCACCCGCAACGUGCCGUGCCACCGCCGCCUGAACGACGACUUCGCGGGCGACGCCGGCCACGAGGAGGCCCUCGUCAACGACGGCGAGGACUUCAAGGGCGGCGCGGGCGAUGACGAGGACGGCUGGCUGAGGACCGGCGGCCUGGCGAGCUCGCAGCCGCUCAAGGUCAAGGAGGUGAGGACCAUGGACGACUCCGGCAACGUCGGCGACAGGGAGGUCGUCGAGGACGACGAGAUCCCCGAUAUGGAGGACGAGGAUGACGACGAGGCCAUCAUCCGCGACUCCGGCGCCGACUCGAAACACGGCGGCCGCCGCACCUACACCCUCUACAUCAUGUACACGACCUACUACCGCACCCCGCGGCUCUACCUCUCCGGCUACCUCCCCAACGGCCAGCCGCUGCCGCCGCACGACAUGAUGGACGACAUUGUCGGCGACUACAAGGACAAGACGGUCACGCUCGAGGACUUCCCCUUCUUCGCGAACAACAUCAAGAUGGCCUCGGUGCAUCCCUGCAAGCACGCCUCCGUCAUGAAGACGCUGCUCGACCGCGCCGACGCCGCCCUCCGGCUUCGGAGGGAGAAGCUCCGCGCCGUCGACGGGAGCAGUGCCGCCGCAGCCGCAUCAACGCCGGCCGGCAUGGAGGGCCUGGUUGACGAGUUCCAGAACCUGGAUGUCAAGGGCGCUCAGGAGGCUGCUGACAAGGACGAGUGGGAAGAGGUCAAGGAGACAGAGAUCGAUGACCACGAGGUCGCUAUCCGCGUUGACCAGUACCUUGUGGUGUUCCUCAAGUUCAUGGCUUCCGUGACACCCGGUAUCGAACACGACUUUACUAUGGGCGUCUAA